AUGUUCCGAAGACUGCCUCACAAUCUACGACGACCACGACCCGAAGACAUAGCCCGGGUCUCGGACGAUGGCACCUCGUCAGCAGCGGCAGCGGCAGAGUCAAAUCAGCCAGCGACGUUCCCACGCACCCCUACAGAUGUGCUCGACACCAUCCGCUGGCUGCAGCGUGCUUCCCAGCACCGGCUUCCCAACGAGCUGAUCAAGAUGAUACUCCACAACGCCGACUACGACUGCAUCCACUUCCUUGCGUCGCACAACACACUGGUAAGUCGAUUCAGCACCGGCGAAGAGACCCCACUGCAGCCAUAUCUGGCAACCACACCGUUGUUGUACCUUCCUACACAGAGCAGCUCAGAAGGGGGACGAAUCCGGCGGGUCACGGUCAGAGCCACUGGUAAAGAUCAAGGAUGGUGUCAGAACCGCGAAGGCGGGUUCUGGUCGUGGUACGAGCUGGGAAAGAAUGGCGUCAACGGCGAGCAGCAAAGAGGUCCAGUGUGGGCGAGGAACGCUAUGGCUAAAAAGGAGCCGCAAGACCAUGAGAUGGUAUAUGAUGCGGAGAGGCCUGAAGAUUCGAGUUCAGAGGUCAAAGCUUGGGUCGAAGAUUUGAAGAAUGGCGAUGCAGUCAGCAUUGUGCCUAUGGCGAGGUUCAAAGGGUGGAGCUGUAACGUGCUGAAGGCGAGCAUCGAUGUUGAGGUGGAGGUAUGGUGGUAA